GAUGAUAAAUUGCGAAAAAGCCCAGGCGCAGGCGGCGAAACAAUCGGGUCCUUCUCCUCUCGUCUUGUCCCCAUCCCUCUCCCCUUUCUUUCCUCAUCCACCAGAGUUUCGCUAGCUAGGGUUUCCACCAAUGGCGGCGCCCACCACCUCCCGCCGCGGCCCCGGCGGCGCGCGCAACAUGGACGACGAGAACCUCACCUUCGAGACCUCCCCGGGGGUCGAGGUCGUCAGCAGCUUCGACCAGAUGGGCAUCAAGGACGACCUCCUCCGCGGCAUCUACGGCUACGGCUUCGAGAAGCCCUCUGCCAUCCAGCAGCGCGCUGUCCUCCCCAUCAUCAACGGCCGCGACGUCAUCGCGCAGGCCCAGUCCGGUACCGGCAAGACGUCCAUGAUCUCCCUCACCGUCUGCCAGAUCGUCGACACCGCCGUGCGCGAGGUGCAGGCUUUGAUACUCUCGCCUACUAGGGAGCUUGCUUCCCAAACAGAGAGAGUUAUGCUGGCUAUUGGCGACCACCUCAAUGUCCAAGUGCAUGCUUGCAUUGGUGGGAAAAGUAUUGGUGAGGAUAUCAGGAGGCUCGAGAACGGAGUGCAUGUCGUCUCAGGAACUCCAGGCAGAGUCUGUGAUAUGAUCAAGAGGAGGACCCUGCGAACAAGAGCCAUCAAGCUUCUAGUUCUGGAUGAAGCUGAUGAGAUGUUGAGUAGAGGCUUUAAGGAUCAGAUUUAUGAUGUCUACAGAUAUCUCCCACCAGAACUUCAGGUGUGUUUGAUUUCUGCAACUCUUCCUCAUGAGAUCUUGGAGAUGACUAGCAAGUUCAUGACCGAACCGGUUAGGAUCCUUGUGAAGCGUGAUGAGCUGACCCUGGAGGGUAUCAAACAAUUCUUUGUUGCUGUUGAGAAAGAGGAAUGGAAGUUUGAUACUCUUUGUGAUCUUUAUGAUACACUCACCAUCACCCAAGCUGUUAUUUUCUGCAAUACUAAGAGAAAGGUGGAUUGGCUUACUGAGAAAAUGCGCAGCAACAACUUCACGGUGUCAGCUAUGCACGGUGACAUGCCCCAACAAGAAAGGGAUGCCAUUAUGGGUGAGUUCAGGUCUGGUGAUACUCGUGUGCUAAUAACUACGGAUGUUUGGGCUCGAGGACUGGAUGUUCAGCAGGUUUCACUUGUCAUAAAUUAUGAUCUCCCAAAUAAUCGUGAGCUCUACAUCCAUCGCAUUGGUCGAUCUGGUCGUUUUGGGCGCAAGGGUGUGGCGAUCAAUUUCGUGCGCAAGGAUGACAUCCGUAUACUGAGAGAUAUAGAGCAGUACUACAGCACGCAAAUUGAUGAGAUGCCGAUGAAUGUCGCUGAUCUUAUUUGAGCAAGAGGAUUGGGAGGAGGGAGCGUGUUGUGUUUUAUCAUCUCCUGUCCGCGCAAGGUUUGGCUUGAGCCUCCUUUGUUGUUGGUGUCGCUGUGGACUGGAAGAGAGGGGCUUUGUAACUGGUGGAGCAGAGAUUGUUUCCGUUUUGAUCAUGGCGUGAACUGUAUAUAUUUUAGCUUGCUCCAGCUCAUGUAACACUUUCUUGCUGCGUUUGUGCUUGGGACACGAAGACCUGUGUUGAUGGCUUCAUUAGUGUGACAAUGAUUUGGUAUUGGAUUUUUGGUUGAUCGUCUGCCAUUCCUGUGCUGAACUGAAGUGCUGUUUAUUUA